UUUAGCAUACAUAAAGACUUGACUCUUUAUUUAGGAGAGAAACUACUACGUAUGAACUGUAUUUCUUUGAAAUAUUUGUGUGCAAAACCGCUCAGAAAAGGAAGUGGUUUAUGAAACACCGUUAGCCGUUUGGCUAACAUCAGCCGUCGCAGUGUAGCGGUUUCGGUUACCAGGAACUGGGUCGGAGUCGGACGCGUUUAUUUAUAUUUCAACACAGGUUUCAGCUCAAGUCCUGAAUUACUCUGUAACCACUACACCAGUGCACUCCAUAGUGUGUGACGCAAUAGCGUUCUACGCCCUACAUAGUGCACUAGAUAGUCAGUAGACAGCUAUUCGGGAUUCGGCCAGGUGGAGUCACAACUCCGGUAAUAUGAAACCUGAAAAUAUCUUUAUUGUUUAUCAGCUGCUUGUUUAGCGCACAGUGUCAUCAACAGACCAUUUACUGACCCGAAUUAACGCUUUAUACAUCUGAAAAUGGCUUUGAAGGAUAUUUAGGGCAUAAGGACAACAAUACAGUAAAUUCACAUGAUCCAAGCAGUGCUGUGAUGAAGAUCCACCGGAGAAUCUUAACCCACUACCUGUCCUGCACCUCACCGGUGGAUAAAGAGGGAUAUCUUUAUAAAAAGAGAGGGAGAAACACAUCGUACCUACGCCGCUGGUUUGUCCUGAAGGGGAACCUGCUGUUCUAUCAGGAACGUCCAGCCGACCGCGGUCUGCUCGGUGUGAUUGUGCUCGAGGGUUGCGUCGUUCAAACAGGAGAGUCAGACGUCUCGUUCUCUCUGGUGUUCACUGGCCCAGGCCUUCGCUCAUAUCAGCUCACCGCAGACGAUCAGUCGAGCCAAAAGAGCUGGGUGAACGCUCUCCUGUCAGCCAGCCACAUCUACAUCUCACUGCUCGUCAGAGACCUCGCACACCUUUACCAAGAAGCUAAAGAAGGGAAAAGCCUCGGCGAUUCUUCUCAUUCUUCCACAUCGACAGAUUCCUGUGUGAAAAUGUCCAGCUCUGUCAUCGCUGCUUUCUACGCAGGAUCACCGUAUUUGGCUCAGUGUUCUGACCCGACAUACAGAGAAACGAGAAGCUACAGUGCGAGCAGCGCCUACCCUGGUCACCACACCUACCAUGCUCCAUCUGUGCCAAUCAGAUCGGCUAAUAAACGACCACCAAAACACUGGCCCAAAAGAAAUGCCCAUGUCACACCUCUAAACGGGCCCGCCCCUAAGUACGGGGAGUGGCCUUUAGUGGGAUUCGACCCGACGGACGAAUUCGUUAAACUGCACGAGUAUUACGGAAAUGAGGUGAAGCAGGUGAGAGCUGAUUGGCUGAAGAAGAAACAGCAAGAGGCAGGCCAUAUUGAAGAGGAUCUUAUCGAUCUAGGGUGAUUUAACUUAUCUGGAUUUCUCACACACCUGAACUGUCUCAGUGUGAAAUAACAGAUUUUUCAAUGAUAAGAACUGCAUACAGUGUCGUAUUAAUGUUUGGUAACCGAUCCACUUUGAUUUUUAGACCAAGCUGUGUAUGUCCUCUCUUUUAUUCUGCGCGUAAUGAUUACAGAACAUUUUAAAUACUGCAGAUGAGAUUCAGCUGAAGUAUUCUCAGGCAACAGAAAAGAGAAGGUGAUACUGAGGUAGUAUCUAAGGAAGUGAGUAGAGAUUCUAGUUGCGCUGUGACUUUUACAGUAAAUGAUCGUGAAGAUUUUCUCUCUUCCUGUUCUGAAUGCCUCACCGCACUCCACUUCUAGAUUUCUGUUCUCAAAACAGAACAGGAAACUGAAAAUGCAAAGAUUGACCAAUUUAAACAAGGACACAAGUUAGUUCAUUUUCCAUCUUACCCCAAACUAUAGUAGACAAGCCAAGAAAUAUCAGACGCAAUUCGGCUGAUGACACAAUCACAAUGUGAUUUUUAUUCCUGGUAACGCUUUUUCAUGAAGGUUCCCUUAACUGGCAUUAUUUAACACAUUAGUUAACGUGAACUAACCAUGAACUUCAGCAUUAAUACACCAUCAGUAAGAUUAAGAAAGUAACUAACACCUGCAGUACAUAACAUGCAGUGAGUGACGGCAUGAUGCAAAUGCGUAAAUUCAAAGUGUACAUUUUUAAGGGCAAUCCAUGAAGCGAUGUCAGGGGUCCAAACAAGGCUCAGAGCACCAGCAGGCAACAUUAAUACAGAAAAAACAGGUGAGGGUCAAAACCUGGAAGAUAUACAAAUUUCAGAACAUGACAUGGACUUAAUAAGACAAUAAAUGCAUGAUAAUACCUCACAAAAAUACUGAUACAAGAGGGUAUAAAUAGACAAACAAAUCAAGGACUGAACAUGGAACAGGUGAUCACAAUAGGGCAACUAACCAAUGACAGGAACGGAGUGGAGACAGGACCAAAACAGACACAAAGACACAUGGCAAUGUAAACUAAAUUACAUGACGUGAAAACAGCACUCGUUGGGCUCGGAACUGAGAGAGAAAGGGACUUUCUGACACAUUAAUUGAUUUUU